UUUGUUACAGAUAUCUCGAUCUGGAAAGUGUUUGGGAAAUCCCACUAUCUACAUAUGAAGAAAGAAAUAAAAUGGCUAGACGCACAGAUUGAAUGUCGAGAACUUGGGGCAAAAUUAGCAGAAAUAGAGACAUUGGAAGAAAAUAUUUUUCUGAAGAGCACCGCAAGGGAGAGUAGCUAUGGCAACACAUUUAUCGGAGGAACAGAUGCCUUCUCUCAGAACAGAUGGAGAUGGUCAACAACAUUUCAACCGGUAAACUUCAGUGAUUGGGCACCUAACAAGCCUGAUACAUCUGGAGGUGAUGAAUGUAUGGGUUUAUCUGCUAACUUUGACAUGAUGUGGGAUGAUAUGAACUGUGAUGCAAAUCAAGCUUCUUUCAUGUGUGAGCGGUUAAUUGUUUGAACGCAAAAAGAUUAACAAGAUCUUAUCAAUAUGGACCUAGCUAGAAAGACCUAUAUCUUC